AUGAAGUGGGCCGACCUCGUCAAGGGCGCGCCCGAGCCGAAGGCGCCACCCGGGGCGCCGUCGCCGAGCGGCUCCCCCGGGGGCGCGGGCGGCGCGGACGCGGACGCGGUGCCGGUGAGGACGACGACCGUCGACGCGCCCGCCCCGGAAAAGCCGGCCUGGAGCCGCCCUGCGCUGCCGGCGAGCGUGGAGGCGCUGCCCACGCCCACGCCCGGGGCGUGGCCGUCGCUGGGCGACGCCACCGCCGCGCCCGCGCCGCGCAAGGGCGCCAAGGUGGACAGCCCGACGAGGGGCAGGGGCGGGCCGGCGGGCGGGCGGCUCCGGAGGAAGGGGGACGGCGCGGGCCGCGGGGACGGCGGCGGCGGGCGCGGACGGGGCGCGGGGCGGAAGGGCAAGGGCGGCGCGGCGCAGGCGGGCGCGGUCUCGUCGACGCUGGCCACGUUCACCGCCGCGGCCGUCAACGCCAACGUCGCCUUCGUGCCGGAGAUGUACUACUCGCCGGUGGCGCUCGUCGGCGCGGGGAAGGACCAGCAGCAGGUGGAGGACAUGAAGGCUACGGUGCGCCAGCAAAUAGAGUAUUACUUCUCCGAGGGCAACCUGGAGAAGGACCUCUUCCUGCGGGCGCGCAUGGCGGACGGCGGGUGGAUCCCCGUCGGGCUGCUCGCGAACUUCCGGAUGGUCCGCAUCCUGACGCCGAACCUGGAGAUCAUCGCCGACAGCAUCGCGUCGUCGCCGCGGCUCGAGCUCUCCCAGAACAAGAUGUACGUGCGCAAGGCCGGCGGCUGGGAGCGCUGGGUCCUCCCGGCCUCGGAGCGCGAAGCCUCCGCGCGGGAGCCCCCGCUGCUGUCCGUCGAGCAGCUGCAGCUCGCCGCGACGGGCGCGGUCAUCGCCGCCCCGGGCCCGGUCGCCCUGGCGCCCUCCGCCGCCCCCGCCGCGCCGGCAGCGGCGCCGGAGAGCGACGCGAAGCCCGCUGCGGACGCCGCGCCCGCGGGCCCGGCGCGGGAGCACGCGUCUCCUCUCGGGGCGGCGGCGGCGGGGGGCGGCGCGCGGGACGGCGAGGCGAAGCCGGCGGCCAAGCCUGCGCCGACGGGGGCGUACAAGCCGCCUGGGCGCGUCGCGGCGGAGGCCGAGGCGCAGCGGUUGCGGGAGCUGCACGAGAGUCAGGGCGAGGGCGGGGGUCCCAGCGCGAUGACGUCGGUGCGCGAGGGCAGCGAGGGCGACAUCAACCUCGAGCACGAGGACCUCUUCGAGCUCGACGAGGACCAGCGCUCCGAGGACCGCGGCCACGACGACGAGUACCUCAGCCGCCUCACCAUCGUCACGCCGUCGCGGCGGCAGGACGGCGGGCGCGGCGGGGGCCGCGGCGCGCACCUCUCGCACGACCAGGCGCGCGUGAUCUCCGAGGGCAUGGCCAUCAUGGGCGGCGGCCGGCGCCGCUCCAACGCCGGCGGCGCCCACGGCACCUCCCCCGGCAACCCGGUGCUCCCGGGGAGCUCCCCGGUCGCCAUGGCGCACGCCGGGCGGCCCCCGCGGCACCACAACAAGGGCGGCGCGCCGAUCGCGCGCGGGGGCUUCUUCGGGUCGUCGCUCCCGCGCCACGCCGGCGGGCGCACCCCGAUGGGCAGCGUCACGUCGGGCUACGCUCACAUGGGCGCGGCGGCCGUCGGGUGGUUCGUGGGGACCCCGCCGAAGGCGAACGAGAUCUACGGGUCCUCGCCGACGACCGGGUUCCGGCCGUCGUCGCUCUCGCGGUCGUCGCCGAUGACGGGCUCGCCGCGGUCGGCGGCGGGGUCGCUCCCGGUGCCCAAGUUCCAGCACCCGUCGCGCGCGCUGCUCGAGGAGAACGGCUUCCGGCAGAUGAAGUACGUGGCGUUCAUGAAGCGGUGCCUCGAGGAGCGCGAGCGCCGCGGCCCGGGCCACGCGGAGGACAUGAACACGCUGUUCCGCUUCUGGUCGUACUUCCUGCGCGACCACUUCAACCAGCGCAUGUACAACGACUUCAAGAAGUACGCCGAGGAGGACGCGGCCGCGGGCGCGUGGUACGGCCUCGAGGCGCUCUUCCGGUUCUUCUCCUACGGCCUCGAGAAGUGCUUCAGCGCCGAGGUCUACCGGGAGUUCGAGAGCUUCUCGCUCAAGUACUACCGCAGCCACAGCUUCCUGUACGGCCUCGAGAAGUUCUGGGCGUACCACCACUACCACGGCCUGCCCAAGGGCUGCGGCGUGGCCAUGGACCCCGACCUCAAGCACCUCCUCGACACCGAGUACCGCUCCCUCGACGACUUCAAACGCGCGCAGGAGCGCAUCGAACAGCCCAACAAGGACCGGCACUCCCACGCGGGGAAGCGGUCCGUCGCCGCGCACUAG